AUGCAGUGGAGGGGUCGUCUGUCACCCUUGCUGCUACAGACGGCCAUGGCUCUCCAGGAGUGUGAUGCGUGCCUUCCGUCGCACGAGGGCGCCGGAGUUGACGUGUGCCGCGAGUGUCGCGCCAGCUUCGACAGUGGGCGGCUGCCUAAGGCCUGCUCGGUCAACAACAUGGCCAUCGGUUACGUCAGAAACCUGCUUCAGGUGCGCAAAUCUCGAGUGGCAGCUGCCUUGGCAUGGCUACAAAGGAACAACCCGCUUUAUGAGGGUAUCGCAAUCAACCAAGCAGAGAUGGACGGCUGGCAGUAUGCCGACGGCUCCACUGUUCCGACCGUCAUCAUGGACCGCAUGCGAAGAGAGGAACCGUCGACUGUUGAGAAGACACAAACGGACCACAUAGUCCCGGACACCGAUCGAGGCUUGCAGGAAAACAGCUUUAGAAGCAUCGAUGAACUGGUGAACUCGAUCGAUCCUACUUUCAUCGCCGAAUCUUGCGAUUUGAACUGUACUCUGUCGACCGAGCAGACUCAACCCUCUCCUGGUGAGCCGGUGACUCUUGUCCCCGACUCGGCUGCCAUCGGCCAGGAAGUGGACACUGUCUGUGAGACGUCUACAUCCGGCAUGUUUCCUCUCGAUGGUCCGGCUGCCUUCGCCGAGUCCGAUAAACUGUCGUUUCUGGCCGACAUCGUCAACGCCAAUCCGGAUCGACAUGGCAACUCUGUGCUGUUUGAGCAGGCCUAUGCGAACUUGACCGAGGACCGACUGAAGAGGGCCGAGGCGGAGAUGCGGGAGACAAGGACUACGUCGGACCCCGACAUAUCGCUCUUGCUCCGCGAGCUGUCGAUUUUUGGUCAUGCACAGCCGCUCUCCAACGAAUCCCGUCUGCUUAUGCGGAGGAAGAUCCAAGCUCUGGACAUUUGGGCCGGUAUGCCUGCAAUCUGGAUUACCAUCAGUCCCAACGACAUAAAUAAUCCGGUAAAGAUGAAGCUUGCCAUUCAUAGGCUCCAUGAUUAUGACUCUGCAAAGGAGCUUUUGGCCGAUCUCCGUGAAAAGUACGACAGAAUCGCCCUCAGCACCAUGGAUCCGGCCAGGAAUCGAUCUUCGGGAAGAUCAGCCACUACUACGCCACGGUGGAAACGAACGAGCGAGGCAGCCUCCACUUGCAUGGACUCCUCUGGCUGGACGGCAACAUGCGGUUACCGAAACCUGAUGGACGACAUGGCCAAUCCCGCGGAAGAAUCGUAUCGUGUAGAUGCGUACGCCUACCGGGGCCAUGUUCUACGGGACUUAUGCCUGUAUGACUACAUGUCGAUGAUUCAUUUGCUUCGACGGCCCGACCAGUACGCCGUCCCGAUCUUCCAAGGAUACAUCAGCGACGACCAUGACGACGAUCACCCAGUAAAUUCUGUCCUACAUUUGGCGUUAUUCGUCCCUUGGGAAAACUUCAUUUCUGAGAGCCAAGGCGAUAUAACCGACAUAUGGACGAGGCAUCGAGCGCGGCUUUGUCCCCGCCUCCGUUUCUACGUCUCCAACAUUUGUCUUUUGAGAAAGUCUGCCGAGGAUGCGCGUAAAGACGCGAAGCUCUGGGCCAGUCGAUCGGAGGGUGACGACACAAUUGACGUCGAGUACCCACUUGACGAUGGCCGCUACGAAGAGGAGCCUCCAGCGAUGGCCCAUCGUCAGGCCUACAGAGCCCUACUCCAGAUUUUGCGAAAUGCCGUGCAAGAUACAGACGCCACGAAAGACUCCCCCGUCCUUGGAGGUUUAAUACGCGACCUGUGCGAAGAGAACCCGGCUGAAGAAGAACAGCCUUUUGUGCUACGUCAGGACGAUCUAUACCGGAAUAUACCCCAUGAUCAAGGUGACGCCUUGUGCCAAUUUCCAAUCUCUCGAGACGAUGUCCAAGCAGCGGCCAAAGCCCAACAACUAUUGCAUCUUCGGAUGCUGGACGAUAUCGAGGCUGGUUCUCAGCGCACCGUGCUGUCCGCGAAUGGCGCCGACAUUGACGAUACCCUAGCUCGUUACGGCGAUAUGGAGUCCGCCGCCGCGCUCCCGGGUAGUGACCUCGAUGAACAAGGCCCUCGGAUGCUUGUCGACGUCAGCCCGGUCACUAGCUUCGUGGAGAUGGGACGCACCACGGCCGCUAGCUUUACACUGAACUAUCUACAGACCAUGGCCCUUCAACUCGUUUGCGUAUUUCUGGACAAGUAUACUGCCGAUCCGGACUCAGCUGGUCAGCAUCUUCAAUAUACCGGCGGGCCGGGAGGCACGGGAAAGUCAAGGAUUAUCGAUGCCCUGAAGGGCGUGUUCGCGGCGAGAGACCAGCCACAUCUUCUGCAGAUAACCGGCACAUCGGGCAGUUCGGCGGCCCAGAUUGGUGGCACGACAAUCCACUCGGCCUGUGGGUUGGAUUCCAAUCGCAAUCCAAACAAACCGCCUCCCCCCUUCUCGGAGGCGAAGAAAUGGAUAUGGAAACUGAAGCUGGUACUCGUGAUUGACGAGGUCAGUAUGCUGGGAGGAGCCACUCUGCACAACGUCAGUCGUCACCUGCAGGCACUCCGUGACUGUCCGGACGAGCCGUUUGGUGGGAUGCCUGUCGUUCUACUGAUGGGAGACUUCUACCAGUUCGCCCCCCGUGCGGGAAACAAGCCUCCUGAUCAACAGACCGCCGGACCGAACACAGACCCCCCCCUGCGACAAGCCACCAUCUCUCACCACAGCGGCUGCAGAUUGUGGUACAUGUUCAAAACCGUUGUGCUCCUCGAAGACCAAGUCCGCGCACGCAACGAUCCCCAACUCCGCGCACUCCUGGAUCGAGUCCGUAACGGCCGGCAGACCCAGCAAGAUCUGAGCUUGCUCAAUGCCAACAUUGUAGGACGCUCCCAAAUCACCUUCCAUGACGGUUUGCGUGCUAUAACGCCGCUGAACCGCACCCGCUGGGCCCUCAACAUGGAAGCCGUCGUGGGCUGGGCGCGCUUCAACAGGCAGCAUAUCCGUAUCUUUGUCUCGACUCACACCUGGCGCAACGGCACGCUUUCUCCAAACAUCGUAGCGCGAACCAUAGGACAAGGUGACGACUCCGCCUGCAAAGUCCCCGGCGUCUUCUUCUACGCUCAGGGCAUGCCUGUGGUUGUGAACAAAAACAUCUACACGGGUUUGAAAGUGGAUACCACUUGGCGGAUGACGUGA